GGCAGUAAUGUGAUUUAUUUACUCUUUUAAAGAAGGAGCCGCCUCCUUUGUAGGGACACUAUUUAAAACAGUACAAAGAAAUUAAGUCGGUGCGUACAAGUAAUAAGGGUGGGAACAUCUUGGUAACUUCCCCACUUUAACGGGGGUCAGUUUUCCUGGGAGGGAGUUGCUUUCUUUUUAAAAGUCUGUUUCUAAGAACGGGGUUUUUAGUUGCAGCUGAAGAUGGCCCGCGGGUGUUUUCUGCAGCUGGUCCUGUGGUCCGGAAUCGUUCUCCAGGACGUGUUGUCCCAGCGCAGCCCGAAAAUUAGGAGGCAAGCAGCUGUUUCCGAUCAGCAGUUUAAUGGAUGCAGUGAUGGUGGUCGACAAUAUCAGAUCAACCAACAAUGGGAACGUACAUACCUGGGCACGACACUCUUGUGUACUUGUUAUGGAGGAGUGCGGGGCUUCAACUGUGAGACCAAACCUGAAGCUGAAGAAACUUGUUUUGAUAAAUAUCUUGGAAAGACUUACCUAGUUGGCGAGACAUAUGAACGGCCCAAGGACAACAUGAUCUGGGACUGUACCUGCAUAGGAGCAGGCCGUGGAAGAAUCAGUUGCACAAUUGCAAAUCGAUGCCAUGAGGGUGGGCAGUCGUAUAAAAUUGGCGAUACCUGGCGGCGCCCCCAUGAGACUGGUGACUAUAUGCUAGAGUGUGUAUGUCUUGGUAAUGGAAAAGGAGAGUGGACUUGCAAACCAGUAGUUGAACGAUGCUAUGACAACACAGCUGGUACUUCAUAUGUUGCUGGAGACACUUGGGAGAAGUCCUACCAGGGUUGGAUGAUGGUAGAUUGCACAUGUUUGGGAGAAGGCAGUGGCCGCAUCACUUGCUCAUCUAAAAAUCGCUGCAAUGACCAAGACACACUAACAUCAUACCGUAUUGGAGAAACCUGGAGUAAGACAGAUGCUCAAGGAAACUUCCUGCAGUGCAUAUGUGUUGGGAAUGGUAGAGGCGAAUGGAAGUGUGAACGACAUUCAUCACAAGCUUCUGGCUCUUCCAGGCCCCCACAAGUCCAUCCUGUGAUUCCUCGACUUCCAGUCUUUCCGGAGCGUUGUAUUACUGAUAGUGGAGUGGUGUACCAUGAAGGCAUGCAGUGGCUGAAACCACAGGGUAGCAAGCAGAUGCUUUGCACUUGUUUGGGAAAUGGAGUUAGCUGUCAGGAAAUGGCUUCUUCCCAAACAUAUGGUGGCAACUCCGAUGGUCAGCCUUGUGUAUUUCCUUUCACUUAUCGAGGGAAAACCUACUAUUCCUGUACAAAAGCUGGACGGCAGGAUGGGAACCUUUGGUGUAGCACUACAGACAAUUAUGAACAGGAUAAAAGAUAUUCGUUUUGCACUGAGCAAGCAACUUUGGUGCAGACCCGUGGUGGAAAUUCAAAUGGAGCCUUGUGCCAUUUCCCGUUUUUGUACAACCAUCGGAAUUAUACAGAUUGUACCUCAGAAGGGCGGAGGGAUGGUAUGAAAUGGUGUGGAACAACACCCAACUAUGAUGUUGACCAAAAGUUUGGCUUUUGUCCCAUGGCAGCCCAUGAAGAAGUUUGUACACCGAGUGAUGGGACUAUGUACCGCAUUGGUGACCAGUGGGACAAGCGUCACGAAAUGGGUCAUAUGAUGCGUUGCACUUGUAUUGGGAAUGGACGUGGUGAAUGGAACUGUGUUGCACAUUCACAGCUCAGAGAUCAAUGUGAUGUGGAUGGUGUUGUAUACGAUGUAGGUCAGACUUUUGAAAAGCGUCAUGAAGAAGGCCACAUGAUGAACUGCACAUGUUACGGUCAGGGCCGUGGCAGAUGGAAGUGUGAUGCAAUUGAUCAAUGUCAAGAUACUGAAACUCGUCACUUUUACCAGAUUGGGGAUUCAUGGGAAAAGAGUGUUAAUGGAGUUCCUUACCAUUGCCACUGUUAUGGUAAUGGCAUUGGUGAAUGGCAGUGUAUUCCUCAUGGUACCAUGGAUUCAUCUGGUCCUGUGCAAGUGUACAUCACUGAGAGCAGUAAUCUGCCAAACUCCCAUCCCAUCCAGUGGAACACGCCGCAGCCAUCUCACAUAGAGAAGUACAUUCUCAAGUGGAGACCGGUGGGUAAACGUGUGCAUUGGAAAGAAGCAGUUAUUCCAGGUCAUUUAAAUUCCUAUACUAUUUCUGGUCUAAAGCCCCGGAUGAAGUAUGAAGGCGAGCUCAUCAGUGUGUUAGUGUAUGGGCAAAGAGAUGUCACUCGCUUUGAGUUUACCACUACACAUGAAACUUUACCCAGUGAGGAUGGUAUGACUGAAACAGGCACAGACAUAACCACUGGAAUUUCAGAGUCUGUUACAGAGAUCACUUCUAACAGCUUUGUGGUGUCUUGGGUUUCCGCUUCGGAUACUGUGUCUGGAUUCCGUGUGGUUUAUGAACUUAGCGAAGAUGGCGUCAGUGCUCCUAAGCAGACCCUCGAUCUUCCAAAUACUGUUACAUCUGUAAAUAUACCUGAUCUGCUUCCUGGGCGCAAGUAUGUCAUCAGUGUUUAUGAAAUCUCACCACAAGGAGAAAAGUUAAUAGUAUCCACAACUCAAACUACAGCGCCUGAUACUCCAACAGAGUUGAGCGUAGAUGAUGUUGACAACAAUUCCAUUGUAAUUCGUUGGAGCCGUCCACAAGCCCCAAUUACAGGGUAUCGUGUUGAAUAUGGUCCUUCUGCAGAAGGCAGUCGCACAGAACUAAGUUUGCCUGACUCCUCAUCAUCAGUGACUCUUAGUGACCUGAAACCUGGAGUGCUGUACAACAUUAGUGUUUAUGCUAUUAAACAAAGUCUUGAAAGCACCCCCAUCUUCAUACAGCACAGAACCUCUGGUACCCCUGAAGCAGAACUUGAUGCUCCUACUGACUUAGAAUUUACUAAUGUGACUGACACUUCGGCUUUUGUGAGGUGGACACCACCCCAGGCUUCAAUCACUGGCUAUCGCUUGAGUUCGAGUUUAACCAGAGAAGGGCAACCAAAGCACUUCAAUGUAAAUCCAAAUGCCAGGAAUUUUCUUUUGAAAAACUUGAAACCUGGCACAGAGUAUACAGUCACACUGAUUGCACUGACGCCAACUCAGCAAAGCAGCAAGGCCACUGGCAUUUUCACAACCUUGGAUUCUGCAGAUCUUCUUCCCAAGUACCACACAGAAGUGUCUGAUACCAAGAUUGUGAUUAGGUGGACUCCUGCAUCUCGUGUGCAGUUUAAGGUGACUGUAAGGCCAAGCCUUGGUGGGGAGGCACCCAUUGAAGUAACCUCUGACACUGGUGUUAUUGCAGUCUCCAACCUUACUCCAGGACAAGAGUAUUCGUACAGUAUUUCUGUUGUUAAGAACGGGCAUGAAAUUGAAAUUCCUGUUACCAAGACAUUUGUUACACCUUUGUCUCCACCAUCAGAUUUGCAUUUGGAAUCAAAUCCUGAAACUGGAUCACUGAGGGCCUCUUGGGCAAAAUCCAACACUCCAGGUGUCACUGGUUAUAGGGCAACGUGCGCUCCAGUAAAUGACCUUUUGGGAAAUACCUUGGAAGAGUUUGUUGAUGCAAGUCAGAUCUCCUGCAUUUUUGAGAAUGUUGGUCCUGGAGAGUACAAUGUCAGUGUAUAUACCGUCAAGGAUGAAAUAGAAAGCCUUCCAGUCUCCAAAACUAUCAUAAAUGAACUUCCACAGCUGACUGACCUCCACCUUAUUGAUGUCACAGACACUUCUAUUGGCCUGAGGUGGACUCCACUAAAUUAUUCCACUAUUACUGGCUACCGUGUUACUGUACUUGCAGCAGGAGAGAGUAGACCUGUUCUUGAAGACUUUGUGGAACCUACAGCUGCACACUAUGCGGUGUAUGGACUGGAGCCAGGAAUUCAGUAUGAAGUUAGUGUCAGCACACUUUCCCAAGGAGGUGAAAGUCAGCCUACAACUGUCACUCAGCAAACUGCUGUCCCUUCUGCAACUGAUCUGCGCUUCACCAAUAUUGGUCCUGACACAACACGGUUGACUUGGGUUGCACCAGAUUCAGCUGGUCUUACAGACUUCCUUGUACGCUUUGCUCCACUGAACGAUGCAAAACAGGUUCAGGAGAUUAACAUUUCAGAAGCUACCACCACCACAGUGCUUCUUCAAAGUUUGCUUCCAGCAACAGAUUAUCUGGCCAGUGUAUUCUCUUUUUAUGGCGAUCAUCAAAGUGUACCUCUGUCUGGGUCAUGGAAAACUACUUUGGACUCCCCAACUGGUAUAGAUUUCUCCGAUGUAACUGCUGCAUCAUUUACAGUCCACUGGUUACCUCCUCGUGCCACCAUUACUGGCUACUUAAUCCGAUACCACCUGGACAGUGGUGAAGAACCCACAAAGGAGCGACGUGUGCCACCGUCUCGCAACUCCAUCACUCUCACUGGUCUUUCUCCUGGGUCAGUCUACACUGUCAGCAUUUAUGCUCUCCAGGGAACAAUAGAAAGCCAACCUCUGACUGGUCAACAAUCUACAGUUUCAGAUACCCCAUCUGACUUGCAAGUUAAUUCUGCAACCCCGACUAGUGCCACUGUAAGUUGGAAUGCACCUGCUGUCAGUGUGAGGUACUACAGGAUUACGUAUGGAGAGACAGGUGGUAACAGCCUCGUUCAUGAAUUCAGUGUGCCUGGUUCUCAGUCUUCAGCUACUAUACGCAAUCUGACGCCUGGUGUAGAGUACAUCUUCACUGUGUACGCUGUAACCGGUCGUGGGGAUAGCCCUGCUACAAGCAAACCAGUUUAUGUCACUUACACUACAGAGGUAGAUGCACCAACUCGCUUGCAAGUAGUCGAUACUGAUGAGGACAGCAUAACAGUGAGGUGGAGUCCUUCAGCUGGACCAGUUACCCAGUACAGAGUUACAAGCACACCUAAGAAUGGUGAAGGACCCACAAAGACUCUUACUGUGCCCCCAAAUGAAACACAAGUAACAAUACCUGGUCUAUUGCCUGCAGUCGAAUAUACUGUCAGCGUGUCCGCUCAGGUUAAUGGAGGAGAGAGCUUGCCAUUGGUUGAAGCAGCAGCUACAACUAUACCCCCUCCGUCUGAUCUGGAAAUUGUUUCAGAAAGCCCAUCAACUGCAACCAUCAGAUGGCAAGCCCCCAAUGCUGAUAUCACAGGUUAUUUAGUGAAAGUCUACCCCACAGAUAAAAGAGGACCAGCUAUUGAAAAAAAACUGUCCCCAGACACCACUAGUGUUACAGUGCCUGGACUGAUGGUGGCGACGAAGUAUGAAGUUACUGUCCAUUCUGUGAAGAACUCUGUGCUGAGUAAACCACUACAAGCAGUCGUUACAACACAAGACAAUGUCAGCCCCCCUAGGAGGGCCCGUGUUACUGACACCACAGAGAACACCAUCACACUCACUUGGCGGACAAAAACAGAAACCAUCACAGGGUUCCUGAUUGAGGCCUUUCCAAAAGGUAGUGAGACUCCAGUAAGAAGAACCAUUAAUCCUGAUAUCAGAACUUACACAGUUACAGGCCUCCAGCCAGGCACAGAUUACAGAAUUUACAUCUACACUCUGAAUGGAAAUUCUCGCAGCCCCUCAGUCCUCCUCAGUGCUUCUACAAAAAUUGAUUCACCAUCAAAUUUUCACAUUAUCAGUACAACACCAUCAUCUGUCCAUUUUGGAUGGCAACCACCUCGCACCAAAAUCACCAGUUAUAACAUACAGUAUGCAACAGAUGGAGGUGAGCUUCAGGAUCUGUAUCCAAGGCCUUCUGCAGAACAAAUAAAGGCAAACCUUACAGUUUCUAAAGAUUCAACUCCAUCAGAGGAUGUAUGUUUUGACAGUUAUACAGGGCUGUAUCAUGCUGUUGGCAAGGAAUGGGAAAGGAUGUCCGAAUCCGGCUUCAAACUCUGGUGUAGAUGCUUGGGGCUGGGCAGUGGCCAUUUCCGAUGUGAUUCAUCAAAAUGGUGCCAUGACAACGGUGUGAAUUACAAGAUUGGUGAGAAAUGGGAUCGCCGUGGAGAUUCUGGUUUUAUGAUGACAUGUACCUGCCUUGGGAAUGGAAAGGGAGAAUUCAAAUGUGAACCCCAUGAAUCAACCUGUUAUGAUGAUGGAAAGAUGUACACUGUUGGUGAAAAGUGGCAGAAGGAAUACCUUGGUGCCAUCUGUACUUGUACAUGCUUUGGCGGACAGCAGGGAAUCAAGUGUCCAGUUGAAUGCUUAAGGCCAGGUUUGUUGGCUGAUAUGAAUCCUUUGCCAGUGGAAUCUUCCAGAAAGCGAAAUAGUUAAAUGGGAGAAGCAGCACAAUUCUGCUGUGUCACAAAUAGUGCUGUUGAUAAGCUGGGAAACAUGUAAAGAUCAGACUUUGUCCUCACUUGAUUUUUCUCAUCCACUAUGCAUAAAGACAAAGUUGAACACCAGCAGUAAUGCUGUAUCUAAAAAUUUGCACAUUAUUUUUUAACCAUUCCAGUAUUUUAGCUUAGCUCCAAGAGAUUUGGGGACAGCAGGAAACUCUGAAGUGCAGGUAGCUUUACUCUUGUACCCCAACCUCUAUUUUACAAGGACAGUUCAUUUGUGCAAAAUGCUUUUUAAGUCUCCCUCUUGUAUGUCCUUUAAUGCUAAAUUAAUUGCCUGUUGGUCUUCGUUCAUCUUUUUUGCUUAUCAAGUUUAGCUAAAGUAAUUGUUGAGUCUGACUGUUGAAGAAAAUCUUGUCUAGUGCACAUAGAAUGCAGCUGUCAGAAAAGUAUUUUGGUGCAAUGACUGAUGUAUUUUGUACUUUUAUGUUCCUGACCUUGUACCACGCAAUGUGUUUUUUUUUUAUUAAAAAAAAUCACAGACA